GUAUAACGCCUCACCAAAAGCCAACCAACAUUCAUACCACAUCUAGAACACACUCUAAGGCAUGGUCACAUCUGCCGUCAUCAGCAAGGACGCUUCCAGCCAAGGAGCGUCCCUUAUGAAGCUACCUCCCAAACUUCGCGAUCAAAUAUGGGCCAUAUUCUAUGCCAAUAUCUGCCUCCCACGCGUCAUCUGUCACGCUACUGGGAAAGCCACCAAUGCAGAACCUCUCGAUGAACACUCCGACGGUUACAUGUCUCGUCCUCGGCGCCCAAAAGGCACACCCGUAACCACCACUAUCACCUAUGAUAUCAACGCGGCUCCGACAAUGACUUGCCGAUCUCUAUACGAAGAAGUCUGGCCAGUUAUCUGGUCCAAUCUACAGCUUCACCUGACGCGGAACGCACACGCUUCGGAUCACCAUAAUCUCGGUAUUAUACCCGUCGAGCUGAGAAACAAUAUUCGCCAUGUUUUCUGCGGACAAGAUGCUGCCAGAAUAAUUCGAAAGUAUCUUCGCCAAGAUGACUCUUAUGAUCCACAGAGUUUACUGCAUUACCCGGUGCCUCUGCCGGCGCAGGUACUAGACAUGGUAGUCGACGAAUCACGAAAAGCCGUGGAGAUAUAUCAAAACAUGACACCACAAGCAAAAGCAGAGCAGUGGCUCACUGAUCCAGAACGAGGCAGGAGCUUCGACAUGCUCCAUGCCAUGUUGAACGAGGCCAAGGCCAAGAUCAAGGCCGAGGCCAAGCGAGGCUCUACAGGCAUCAGUCUUGAUUCGGACUUUGAGUAUCCGCGACAAACAUUCAUCGACAAGCUUUGGCCACAUACACCAGGCGCCAAUUGGGGUCAUGGGGAUUGGGCUGGAUCUUUAAUUGAUCCGCAGGGGUAUAAAGAGCAGUAUGAGGGCCCCGUGCCCCCAACCGCUGUGCACCUGUUCACAGGAGGACGGAAUGAAGUGUGGAAGACAAUCAUGCGUAACAUGAGGGCCUGCGCGAUGGAGCGCCGUGAAACUCUAGUCGAUAUAGCGACGGAGCAUAGAAAGGCCCGUAGAGAGGGCCUGAAAAAGAUAGCAGAGAUCGGGGAAAGGUGCAGUGUCAUGUUGGAAGGAGAGAUAAGGCUGGCGACAACUCUGACGUCGAAAGUGUCCGAGCAGUGGGCUCUAGAUCCUGCGGUCGAGGGUGGGACCAUGCUCCUGAAUAUUGAUCCUCGGGCAUGAUUAGUGUCAUCGUUCUGGCAUGCGAGGCCAGGCUGGGUCAAAUUGGAUGAGAUGUCAACUGUUGGGGGAACAAAGUGAGUGUUUCUCAAAGUGGUAUGAAUAAGUACUGCCAAAGGCUCAUCUCUUGUCGUUCUGGGUAUCUCAUAUAAUAAUCGUGAAAUGAACA